AUGCCCAAGAUCGUCCACAUUGUCCUUUGGAAGCUCAAGCGCCCAUCCGUGCUGACAAGCACUUCGACUGAACAAGUAUUUGCUGAAGCGAAGAAGGCCAUCUCGGCUUUGAAGGGUGUACCUGGUCCUGAAACGCUUCAUCUUGGUGGACCCCUCAUCGACGCUAGAGCCAAGGGGUUUGACUACGGUCUGUACUCUGUGUUCUCUUCCGCCAAAGCGCUUCAAGAGUAUGCCACGUCCGAGGCUCAUCUGAAGGUUGUCAAGGAGAAUGUGCUCCCCAAUGUCGACGAAGUCCUCGCGUACGACUUUGAGCUCGAAGAGUAG